UGUGUACAGAUUUUGCGUCAGCGGCAACAAGGAUUAAAAUUUUCCUAUCAGCGGUCAAAGAACUUGACUUCGGAAAAUGUCCACCUCGGUGUUCAGGCGGAAUAGUUGCCGCGGAGGGUCGUGCGGCGCUCGGACAUCAGCGGAGAGCAACCGGCGAAGAAGCUCCAGCUGCUUUCCACCUGGGGCUCAGGCUGAAGACUUCUCUGUGAGCCUCAACCAGCCCAUAAUUUCUAUCGCUCUUCGCUUCUUCUUAGCCAUAGACCUGUGGCUGUCCAAGCGCCUCGGCGUGUGCUCCUGUGAGGAGGCUUCGUGGGGGAGCAUACGUCCCCUGGUCCGGCUGGUGGAGUUCUCAGGUCAUGCCGCUCCAUGGCUUUUCGGCACGGUGUACACGCUCCUCCGUGUGGAGACUGCAGAGGAGCAGGAGAUCAUGCUCAACCUGACUCUGGCUUUGCUUCUAGACCUGAUGAUGGUCAAACUUCUGAAACGGUUGGUCAGACGUCGAAUGCCUGUCCAAAACCGAUCGGACAUCUUUUCUACCUUUUUUGUGGAGAAGUAUUCUUUCCCAUCUGGCCAUGCCACACGGGCUGCCCUAUGUGCUCGCUUCCUGAUGGCCCAGCUUGUGGACACUUACUCAAUGCGGGUGCUGGUCCUGGGAUGGGCUUCUCUGGUCAGUCUGUCCCGACUGUUGCUGGCCAGACACUAUGUGACAGAUGUGGGCUUCGGCCUGGCCAUGGGCUACUGCCAGUAUGGGCUGGUAGAGCGACUGUGGGUGUCCUGGGAUUGUCUGCAGGAUGUCCUGCUGCUCAAAGUGAGGGAGAGGUUCACCAGAGCCUACAGUUAACUGUGGACAGCAGACUGGGCUCUGUAGAGUAUCUGAAAGAAGAGAAAGAACUGUGAUUUUCACACAUUGGAUAAUAUUUGUUAUACUAAAGAAGGAUCUUUGAGGAGCACCUAAAGAGGCCUGUAUAUCACCAGGCAUCACAGUUUGAAAACUACUGGUAUUAAAAAAGCCUAUUGUAUUUGUCACAGUUUGUUAGUAAUCACUGAGAGUUCAUUGUUCUUAGGAAAUUAAAAUAAUUUACUGACAAUUUGUGCUUUACUAACAGUAAAGUAUUGAAUUUAUUAUGACCUGAAGAAAAUGUUAAGAUUGUAUAAGUUUAAGACUGAUCUCAUAUUGAUAAGAUUAUAAGACUGAUUUCAGGUUUGGUAAAUAAUGCUCAGAAGUUUUGAAAAAAAUCUUAAAAGAUUUAUUUAUUAAGUGACACAGUGGAUGUCUUACUGAGUGAGAGCAUCAGUUUCCUUGCCCAUCUCAGGUUUCUGUCACUUGUAGGCUUCAGAUCGCCCACUACAUCUCAGCCAUAAGAACUGUUUAUGCUUUUGACCAUACUGUUUGGAUGUGAUACCAAUCAAUUUAAUUUAACUAAGCAUUUAAAAAAAAAUAUAUGUGCCAAUAUGAUUUGCUGCUUUAUAUCGGUGAUGUCUGUGUUUAUAGUUAUCAUAACAAACAUGUAGAAAUAGACAUAUAUUGUUCAGU